AUGUACACGGCAGGCGACGCGGUAGAGAAGGCUCACGACGACGGUAUUUGGAGUGUCUCAUGGAGCGGAGGUCGAGCUAAUCGGAUCGUUACGGGUGGCAUUGAUCAGUUUGUGCGAGUCUGGAAUGGUGAUACGUUGGAGCGUGUACUGGAGAUAGAAGGUCAUGAACUAGGCAUCAACUGCGUAUCUGUUAACGAGGACGCGACUGUGGCCGUCUCCACAUCGCUUGACAGCACAGUCAAUGUGUGGAAUCUCGAGAGUGGCGUUCUCCUGCGAUCCAUCAAGUGCGGGCCUGAGCAUCGAGCAUGGUCCGCUGCAAUAUGUCCCAAACCAACCGACGGAAUUAACACAGUGGCCGUCAGUACACACUCGGGGGCCGUGCUGUUCUAUAAUAUCGACACUGGCGAACGCGUGUCUGAGCUGACCACCAGGGGCAAGUUCAACCAGUCAAUUGCGUUCAGUCCCAACGCAAAGUACUUUGCCGCAGGAGCUAUAGAUGGCACACUCCACAUUUUCAGUCUGGGGGAAGAUAAAAAGACAUAUAGUAUCCUGCACAAGAUAGAGGCUCAUGCAAUGCCCGUCAGAGGCCUGGAAUUCUCUCCCGACUCGGAAUUGAUACUGACCGGGAGUGAUGAUUCUAUCAUGAAUAUGUACGACGUUGCCCAAGGUAAUAUGAUUCAGAGCUUCUCGGGUCACCUGUCCUGGGUGACGAGUUUGGCGUUCAAUCCGAAGAACUCGCAAUUUGCUUCGGGGGUGAUUGAACAAUGGGAAUCUACCUUCGCUUUCUCAUGUGGUAUCUUCUAUGUUCAGACCUGCUACUUUGGGAAUGGUGGUAUACGGGACAGGCACACCCACACCCACACCCACUUACACGGCUGUACCAACAUAUUGCAAUGGCUACUAUCAGUCUUUUGACUGACUACUGUUAGCGCCCACAACCUCCAGCUCCAUCCGGACACCUUGUUUCAUGUUUCGCUAUGCCACGAUGGGUCACGAAACCGUUGUGGAGUAUCGUUGUACACCAUAGAGUUCAGACUGAGUAGAGCGGUGGUUGUAGCGCACCC